AUGGCUUAUGGAUCUGAUGAGGAACCUGUGAGUUUGUCGUUUUCUGACUCUGAAGGGGAAGAAGUUAACUCUGAAUAUGCUAAAGGAGGGUUUUUAUAUGAUUCUGAAUCAAAAGAUGACUUUGAAGAUUUUGAAGAAGAGUCAGAAUCUGAGGUUUUUGAAGAUGAGCCAGAGUCAGAAGAUGACUCUGAAGCUGAAGACAAGUUAGAAUUCGAAGGUGAUUCUGAGUCUGAAGGAGAAUCAGAAGAUAAAUCAAAACCUGAAGGUUCUGAAGAUAAGUCAAAACUUGAAAGUUCUGAAGGUGAGUCAGAGUCUGAAGGUGACUCUGAGGAGGAAGAAGAAGGAGACUCUGAAGAUGAGUCAGAUGGUGAAUUUGAUUCUGAUCUAGAUUUUGACGAUGGUCUAGAAUCUGAUGGUGAUCAUGCUUCUGGAAGGGAAAACUCUGAAGACGUAGUUUUUGGAGGAAAAUCUUAUGGAGAUGAUCAUGUUUCUGGUGGUAACCAUGACUCUAAAGGUGGAACUUUUGAAGGUAGUCCAGCCUUUGACGCUGGUCAUGAUGACAAAGUUAGGAUUUGGUGGUAG